AUGGUCCUUACAGCAUCUAUCGAAUACACCUUCGGCACCACGCCAGGAUACAAUCUAGCGCCAUCGAUUGACCGAAGUUCGGGCAGCACCCGGCCAACUGUUGGAUCGGCUCCAGUCCGCAGACGCCAGGCCGAAUAUCUUCGGUUUAUCUUAGCGUGGCAAUCUCUAGCCAUUUACCUCUUCCAUCUCCAUGCGUGCAUCUCGACCAUGGGCACCUCCACCAUCUGCUUCCAAAAGCUUCGCUAUGCAGCGCCUAACUCUCUUUCCACGUUCUCCGAUGUCGAAGCUCAAGCCGAUGUUCAAGAAAUCUCCGCAGGUUGGAGGGAUACGAUCACAAUCCUGAUGCCCCUGUGGAAGCUUGUUCGCAUCGCGUCAGCGAUCUUCCUUCCCCUCUGCCUUGCGCUACUCCAGAUAGACCCCAUUCGAAACAGUCUGGUGUCGCGCACGUUCGCUAUAUCGGCCCUCAUCUUCUCCUUUGACGGCCUUCUAUCCAGCUGUGUCUAUGUUGGUUUCAAAGAUAGGAUUUCGUCAUCCCAGGUUGCGAAGCGAUGGCAGGCAUCGUCUUCUGACACUUUUGCCAACAUCCAAGCGUCCAAAUUCUGGGCCGCCAUUGCAAUGCCUAUUUCGUCGAUGGGCUGGUGUGUGAUCUGGUUCAUGCUCUCGAUGUUCGUUCUCGCGUGGAAUACAGAUAACAUAGACUUCCUCCUUGUGUGCGCAGUCCAAGCGCUAAUUUUUGCGAGGGAGGACGUGCAGUAA